AUGUUGCCAAAGAUGGAGUCAUUGACGCGACCGCAGACCCGAUUAUCCGCGGCGUUAUCACAACCGACAAAGCUCAUGGGAAAGUACGAGGAGUUUGUGACGAAGAAUUCCAGCUCUGUUAGCCAAGUCGAAUCGGCGUUGCGAUCUCUGACGUAUAUUAUUCCUGGGCGAUUUCGAGAAUCUGAACUGGCUUCAGAAUCAAUCCAUUCUGGAGUUCAGCUUCUGUCGUUAUACCAUGACUCCCUCGUCGCCCGUGUCAUUUCUCGCCUACCUCUCACCGUACCCAGAUCCCCUCCCACUCCUCACGCACGGUACACUAAAUAUUGGACAUCCAGCUCAGCCCUAUAUCGCCGAGUUGCGCUUGUUCUACAAAUGAUUAAAUACACGGAAUUGCUAUGGGAAAUGAUUGCGCGGCGUCGUGGCGAGAAAAUCCGGUGGCGCGUGGUCGUCCUUAUUGAAGGACUGAAGGCCUUCUGCCGAUUGAUUCUGCUUCGGUUAACAAAUUCGCGACCACUGGUUAGUCCACCUCUGCCGGAGCGGGAAGUCGAUCCACGGCCGGCAGAGGAUGAGGACGAAGGGGGUGAUUGGAACGGAAUGGACACCCCGAAGAGUGAAGAAUCAUCCGAGACGAGCUGGACAAUGCCGAGAACGGGGUUUCCAUUGCCUAGUUUACCGGAUGCGAGCGAUGUUUCGAACUAUCUUAUCUCCAAGGUUCUUACAGCAGAUGAUGUCAAGCCACCAAAAACUUUGCUACAUCGCGUUGCUGGGAUGGGUCAGCUCGCGGAAGUUAUGUAUAUACUCCGCCCGCUGAUCUAUGCCCUGGCCUUGCAGAGAUGGAGCGGAAAGAAGAGCUGGACACCUUGUCUAAUUGGAUUUGGAAUAGAAUACGGAUGUAGACAGAUGGCAAAGAAAGAUUUCCGCGCCAGGGUAGCUGGAGGCUUACGGGGCUUGACCGGCCUAGAAAGGGAUGAGCUAAAGAAAAGAGGAUGGAGUAUGGGUUGGUGGAUAAUGAGAGGAGCUUUCUAUGAGAGCAUCACCAAACCCUGGCUGCAAGGCAUGACCCAGCGCAUGAAGGGCAAGCCGCUGCUUGACUUGGUGGGCAGCGUUAUCGAUGAUUAUGAAUAUUUGUGGGACAACUACUACUUUUCGACUGCCACUCUUUGA